AAGUUAACUUAAAGCUGCAGAAGAAGGCCUUGCUAGCUCAUUACGCACGCUUUUCCUCUGCGUACGUGCAUAUCGUCUUCGUUUCCGCAAAGUAACAUGAGCUGGACAAGAAAAGCAAACUGCUAAGCAUCAUCCACGCAAUAUUUCCUUCCAGAACUGAACAAAAUGGCAGACUCAGAUUCUGACUCUGGUGGUGAAUGGGAGAAAGGAAAAUGUCAAAAAUAUUCGGCCAGAGAAUCAGUUGUCACCUUCCGUGUAUCAGAGGAGGUUUUUGAAAACUGGCUGAAAAUUCCCACCAUGACCAAAAGAGAAGCGACACAACGAAUGAAAGUUUGUUCCUUCUGGCUUCCCAUACUGCUUCGGGGGGACGAGUCCAUCACUGCAUCAUGGGCUGUAGAAAUUGGGUUAAUUAACUUAAAGAGCACUGAGGACCUAAAGUUGAAACAUCUGCGGAAGAUAGAAAUCGUGGAAAAAAUCCUGUUUUACUUGGAGAUAGGAACUAUGAAAAAAGAAUCGACGCGUCACGUUCUUUCAAUAAGCAACAUGUUUAAUCUGCAUUCUUCAGAGGUGUAUGAAAAUGCGUUGCGCUGGUUAGAAAUGGCGGGAGAUUGCAAAAUCCGCGAGCACCUGAAGGAACUCGGCAGCUCACACACCUGCUUCACAGCCCUUCACUUUAUCUUCACACAGUUUGCCAAGUUUAUUCAAGAACUGGGAGGACACUUUGAGCGGACGCUGGCGACGCUGCUGGCUCGCCCCAGUGACGUUAUCGUCGAGAAAUGUGAAGAAAUGAAGAAGAAAGGAAACGAGAACUUUCAAAAACAUAACUAUGAAGCUGCGCUUGAGUUCUACUCCAAAGCCCUCACAUUUUACCCUGCCAACCACAUCAUUUAUGGAAACAGAGCCCUGUGCUACAUUCGCUGUCAGAAGUACCUAAAAGCAGUUUGUGAUGGAAAACGAGCCAUUCUUAUUGAACCUCGCUGGGCAAAGGGUCAUUAUCGAUUUUGUGAGGCUUUAUUUUAUCUCGGAGAGCACCAGUUGGCUCUUCAAGCAAACUGUUCAGCAAGACAACUUUGUAAAGGCGACCCAGAUGGACUCAGAGAUCUGGACCAACAGAGCUGUAAAUUCAGAGCUGAAUUUCAGCAACGCAAAGGUCCUCAACCAAAGAAAGCUCCGAGUUUUAAAGCAGGCGUCAUGGCCAAACAGUCGCAAACUGCGAAAACAGCCGGUAGAGCUGGUUCAGCAACAAACAAGCCUGCAAAGGUCACAGAGGUAAAAGCAGACAGAAAAACAGGUAAAAAUGAAAAACCUGCAGAACCAGAGGUCAGCGUUAAAGACCCUAAACUGUCACAAAGUGCGCCGACGGAAUCGAACGUUUCUCCAAAAAAGAAGGCUAAGAGCAUAUCGAAUGAAAAGAAACCACAGGUGUCCAAUAGAGGUAAAGACGCGUGUAAAGAGUUGAAAUCGUUGGUGGAAGACGGACACGCGGCGUUGUACGACCUCCGAAGCCGCAAUGCGGAGCAGGCCUUCAGCAAAGCUCUGACCCUGGUGGAGACGAUAACACCCGAGGAGCUUGGACUUUCUACUCUUGAUGUUCUGCUAUUACUUUUUGGACAUGCUUCGGCUCUGACAGAAAUUGGACAAGUUGAGGAACUGACACAAGCAGAGAAACUCCUGGAGAGAAUCAAAGAGUAUGAAGUGUGGGUGUUCCAGAGUCUGGUCUUCUACGCCACCGGGAGGGUUUAUCUGAGGGAAAACAGGUUCACAGUCGCAUUGCAGCAGUUUCUAGAUUCUUUGCAGAUGGUGAAGAAUCAAAUAACUCCAGGUAAACUCACCUGGCCUUUAACCAAAGAAGUCGUCAGAGAAACUGAGCCGGAACAGUUUAAAGAAAUUCUGGAGAGUGCUAUUGAUUUGUGUAAAUUUCCUCCUGCUCCUGAUGCCGUUUGCCGCCUCGACAAAUGCUUGUUCCCUCUGAAAGCAGAAAUCUACUUCACAGAUCCAGAUUUUAAGGGCUUUAUUCGGUUAUGCUGCUGUCAAAAGUGCAGCGUUGAAUACCACAUCACUUGUUGGAAGUCUGUGAAGACGUCCGUUUUUUCUGAGAAGAAUGAAAAGGAUAUUUUGCAUGAUGCCUGUUUGACGCCGGAUUGUGUCGGCCAAAUCUGUUGUAUCAAAAUUUUUGGUCCGACAGGCCUGGUGAAAUGUAAGUUUGAAGCUACAAUCAUCAAGCCGCAGAAGACGAAGAAGCCUAAAGUGAAUCAGAAAUGUACAAGCCCAAAGAAAUUAAAGUCUAAAGAAGAUCGUAAGCUAAAGAGGAAGCAGCUUAAAAGGUCAUUUCAAGAUAAUCAGCCCAUUGGGAACGAGAUUUUGAAGCAAGAUGAAGUUUCUGAGACGCAGAGUUUGCAAAAAGCUUGGGUUCUGUACAGAGAUCGGAUUCUUCUGCAGAUCAGUCAAAACACGGAUCUUCUGGAGAACGAGAACAACUUCCAGGUUUCUGCUUUGAUCAGCAGCCUGAAACCCUGGCUGGAGCUGGACUUUCUCAGGGGGAACCAAAUCGCUUUGAGUCUUUUGAACUGCGAACAGGGGGCUUUAGGUCAAGCUGUUGAGCUUCUGCUGGAGAGGAAACACCGGGUUUGGGCCCGAAUCUUUAUCCAACAACUUAGUAAUUGCGUGGAUAUAAAUCCCAAACUCAGUGGCUGGGCAAGUCGGCUAAAUGAAGCAGGUUUGAGUGCUUCCAAGGCUUUCAUUGAACGUUAUUCAGGACAGCUGGAGGAACUGGACUUGUCACCUGUUCUCAGAUUUGGACCUUUGCAGGAUAUAAUUAUUGAAAAACUUGGCGUUAAACCGGAGCUUUUAUCGAGCAUCGGCUUGACUCUGACUGAAUACUUAAAGCAGGCCCCGUCGGAGGACGCCAGGCUCUUUAUCUGGACUCUGGAGGAGUUUAGAGAGGACUACAUCUCCUGCCACGCUAUUCUGGAUGAAUAUUUUGAAAUGAUGGAUGGACACUGUUCAGUCUUUAAAAAGUCAGAUGAAAAUAAUUCUCCUAUCAGAGCUAAAAAUCGAGGUCGGAAAAAGAAGAAAGAGCCGAAGGGUCUAAAAGUUUUACCUGGAAUAAACGGGGUAGAGCCAGACCAAGUCUUUUUUGAUGAUGACUCUUUAUCAUUCCUCCACCCUGCUGAUGCCUUCAGCAUCCCCAACCACCUCCGAGACCAGGUGGCGGAGUUUGAGGAGCAGUACAACAGCACCUCCCACACGAGUCGCUGUAAAUGGGAUUUGGACAACAAUCCAGACCCGGCAAAGGAAAGCAUGUUUGAUUAUUUUGCCCAGAUCUUGGAGGAGCACGGCCCCCUCAUGGCAGACGACCCUCUGCUGGUGGGAGAGCUGGAGCACUUCCCCGCCGUGGCGAGGCAGAAGAUCGAAGAGGCGGGCGGUUUUGAGGAGUUUCUUUUGGAGUCCCUUCGGUUCGUGAAGGUGGGCAGGAGCGUGGGCCUGGCAAAGCACUCGAUGUCGCUGCAGGCGGCCAGCCUGGACGACCUGGACGACAUCGCAGACUCUGACCUGAACUUCUCAAACUUUGAUUUGGACGACAUCACUGGAAACGGUUUCCACCUGGAGAGUUAUACCUUACAGAACCCCUACUUUCAAAACCCAUAUACGUUUACCCAUCAGCCCUCGGGGCCAGACUUCAUCCCCAACUGGAGUGAAGGAGAAUUUGAGCAGUUUCCGUCCUUUGAGCCCACCAGUUAUGAGGAGCUCGAUCUUGAUACCUUUGAUUAUUCUGCUUUUGAAACUAACUCGGCGCCGGUCAGAGAGGCUGAAGCUGUCCCUCAGAAACACGCUGCAGUGCAGACGCUGCAGGAGACCACAAGGAGUGUUGCCGUGAACACAGAGCUUCAUGAGCGCUUUGAGAGCAGCCCGGGUGACAUCAAUAAAACAGAGAAGCACAACGCUCAGCUUCAGCAGCAGAUCUCAGAUUUGACGAAUAACCUUGAAGCCAAACCGAUAAACCAGGAAGACAUCAUUUUAUGUGAGCAGGAAAUUAAGAAGAUAACGACAAACAUUCAGGUGACCCACAAAGAGCUGGCGAUGUUCCAGCAGAAGCUGGAGGAAGACUUGAAGAAGGACCAGCAGGAGAAGAAGGCCAACCAGGAGAUUCUGAAGGCUCUGAAGGUGGAGAAAGAGCAGCUGAUAGAGGAACACGUCAAAUUCACCAAGCAAGUUGAGGAGAACAAAAAGACUUAUGACAGCAAGUUGAGGGAUUUCCUGGAGUUGAGCAAUCAGUCUGCAGCACAGAAGAUGAGUCUGGAAGAUGAGAUCAAGCGGUGCCAAACCCUGCUCACCUCAGCCGCUCGGAGGUCUCACACCGCUCAGCUGGUUUUGGCUGAAAUCAGUAGAGAUCAGAAGCUGACUGGACUCCACAGAGAGCUGACGGACAGCAGGACUUUGCUGUCUAAACUGGACGAGGUCAUUCACAGAUUCCCAAACAAAGGUCUGGAGGUGAUCAGGGAGGAGUGCAAAAUUAACAUCAAAGAAGCGGAGAAGAAGAUUUCUGCUGCCCAGAAACAUUACCGGGAGCUGAUUGAUCAACAGAAGAACAUAAGAAGUGAGAAGCCCCAGAACCACAACAGUAACCAGCCUGAAGCUGCAGCUCCAUCAAAACCACUCUCUGCAGCAGCCAAAGUAUUUGUUCCUCAGGCGACGGGUCCAUCCUCCCGCUCCGCCUCCACCCAGAGCUCCGCCGCUGCAGCCGAGGCCGCGGCCCCCCCGUCGAAGAAAAAACUCCCCAACAGGAAGUUGGAUUCUCACAGCAGCGUGUUUGACAAAGCCAUGGAGAGCCUGACCGCCAUGUUCCCGCACUACUCCAAGCCGGACUUGCUGAGGUUCAUCCAGGAGCUGAGAACAACCAGAGGUGGGAACUUGAACAACAUGACGCUGCAGGACAUGGUCAGUGGGGUGGCCCAGCUGAUCCUGGACCACCAGGAUAAGCUCAGCGCCGCCAAGGCGAAUGCUGUUGGUCGCGGGAGUCCGGCUCACACUCCACCUUUGCUGACCCACUCCACGGUUUGGCAGCCUGUCAGGUCACAGAGGGCUCCGGGUUCUAAAGCGCUGAACGUCGAGGAUCCGUGCAUCAUCUGCCACGAGGACAUGGACCCGGAUGACACGUCGGUGCUGGAGUGCAGACACAGCUUCCACACAGAGUGCAUCAAGUCUUGGCUGAAGGAGCAGAGGACCUGUCCCACCUGCAGGACGCACGCCCUGCUGACCGAUGACUUCCCCAAGCUGCCCGGCAGAAGACACCUAGCCCUCUAAGAGUCUUAUCUUUCUUUGUUUCCCAUCUAACUUCGUUUCUUUUUUUAUCAUUUAAUUAAAAGCAGAUUUUUUUUUUUUUAAUCAUUAAAAUGUUGAACUGUGUCUGCCGACUUACCAAAGUGCACAAAUAAACCGUUAAGCUUCAA